GGUUCGCGCGAAGAACAGGAGGACCUGUUGUCGGAGUCGACGACACUAUAUGUGGGAAACCUAUCGUUUUAUACGCGCGAAGAGCAGAUCUACGAGUUGUUUGGAAAAUGUGGUCAAAUCGUACGCGUGAUAAUGGGUUUGGAUCGUCGGUCUAAGACUCCGUGCGGUUUCUGUUUCGUGGAGUACUUGUCCAGAGAGGACGGACUCAAUGCCAUGCGUUAUGUGAACGGCACGCGACUCGACGACCGCAUUGUCCGCACCGAUUGGGACACGGGUUUCAUUGAGGGCCGACAGUACGGGCGCGGCAAGAGUGGCGGUCAAGUCCGCGACGAGUAUAGGACUGAUUACGACGACGGCAGGGGAGGGUUCGGCAAAAUCAUGUCCUUCAAGAUGGGCGGACCCACCCCUUGA